AUGACAGACCGACUCUCCGCUUUAUCAAACGCUGUGAAAGCCGCUAGCGGGAUUCCAGUGGAACCCAACCCAGCAAGCAAAGACUCUACUGUCGAGGGCAUGCUAACAACCCAAACGACCAAGGGGAAAGGCUCAGGCUCCCAGGAGCAAGCCAAAACUCAACGGCAAAGCCAAGAGAACCCCAAUGUACCCCAGCCAUCCAGCAAAGGGAAAACAACCAAAAAAUCCGCCCCUCAGACCAGAAGCGCGACAAAGAUUGUUGUCGCGAGAGGAUCGGCGGAAGGCCUCUCGACCUCAGGGGACAAGGACAAAGGGCAACCCCCCACGGCCGCAGGCAAAGUGCCAAGCACCCUAGCGCUUCUGGGAGACAAAACCAAUCAGCUUCCGGAAUUCUUCCACUCUGUAGCAACUGAGACCGAAAUCUUGAGGAACAAAAGACAAAUCUGCCAUGCCCUUUGCAUCUGCGACAAUGGCGCCGUGAACAACGCAAAACUUUGGUUAACCGAAUUGGAAAAAAGUUAUUUGAUGGAAUUGGUCGACCAAGCAUUGAGCAAUCUGGGUGUGAAGAUAACAGAUCAUGUCACAGGAUCCAAGGGCAACAAAGGUGUCUUAUUAAGUCAACGCGAGCAUGACGGAAUCAUUCAAAAACUAAGAAAUCCCAAUAUCCCUCUGUCGGUUGGUCAAGACCUGGUAGUGCGAGGGUGCAUUGAAUUGGUCUCCCUCCUGCAUGGUGAAUCCAGUCACAAGCUCGAGUUUGGUUUUUAUCAAGGCCCAAGUGGGUUGUUUGUUGCCAAGGACCAAAUUUCAAAAAUUCACAUAAGAUCUUGGCUUGAGUUGUAA